CAAAAAUCCCAAACCCAAUUUAAAUUCCCAAUUCCCACUAAGGGUAAUUUAGUCAAUUCACUCCUAACCCCCCAGAACCAGAAGUUUCAAGAAGGAUUACCGUGAGAUAGUUAUUUCACCAACAUGUGACUCGAUCACUGCCAGCAAAAAUAACUAACUACCCGCCAGUCCAACAGAAUCCAAGUCAAUCCUUUACCGUCCAAAAUAUAUCUGAUCAACUCCAUCAAAAAGACCAACGAACCGUAUAUAAGCAAGCAACACUAACAGCUUUUCCCUCCUAAAUAUUCAAGCUCUUCAAAAUCUCAAUCUCACAGAGAAAUCCAUGGCUCGUAGAGUACGAACGAGUUUCUUGGUUCUGAUACUGGUUGCUCUUCCAGCUUUGGUAUACGCGAUUCAGACUAUGAGAUAUGCGACUUUCAUGGAGGUAAAGCAAGAUGGGGAGUACAAGGAAGGCGAUUACAUUCCUCUCUUCGUCGGCAAAGCUUAUCCUAAUGAAGGAGAUGAUCCAUGUGAGGCAUAUUCGUAUUUUGAUUUGCCAUUCUGCCCUCCGGGAGAUCCAAUACCCAACAGAAAGAAAUCGUUUGAAGAAGUUAUAGCAGGGGAUUGCUAUGUGAACACUGGGUAUGAAUUGAGGUUCAUGACGGAGACAAAGAAGAGACCCCUUUGUGAGAAAAUUCUGACGAGAGAAGAAGUUGCAAAAGUUAAAGAAGCCAUUGAAAAUAAAACUGUGUACGGGAUGUACUUUGAUAAUAUUCGCUUGAAAAUGCAAGUUGGAGAAAAGAGUGCAACCUCCUACGAUCCUAUGCAUUAUAUUUUCAAUCACCUGGACUUUCAUAUCCUUUACUUAGAAAACAAAGUCAAAUACAUAUAUGUUAUUGAUGACUACGAUAUUGCUGAGGAUAUAUCUAAGGACAAGGAAAUCUAUGUCAACUUCACGUAUUCUGUCUCCUGGGAAGAUUUUGAAUAUAUAGAGUUAUAUUUGAACCAACAAAUAAGUAUUCUGUCUUCGGUCAGUGACUCGUCGGAGAAAGUUGGGGGAGACGAUCCUAUGCCUUAUACUACAAAUAUAGUCAUUUGCGCCUGGCUUCUGUUGCUUUGUAUUGUGAUUGUGACAUGCCAUAGAAAGUAUUUUACUCGGAGGAAUGCUUUUCAAGCUGAAAUGAUGACCAAAGCAACAGGGCUUGUUCUUCCAAGUCGUAUUCAUGGCUAUAGGUGCAGGUGUCCUCCGUACUCGUCCCUACUUGGGGCCAUUCUGGGUGUUGGAACUCAACUCUUCAUUAUAGUUUGCAUCCUCUUCGUUUUGGCUGUAUAUACUGGUAGCCUAUAUACCUGCAAUCAUGAGAGACUGUAUACUUGGAUCAUCACGAGUUAUGUUCUCACAUCAUUGGUUUCUGGAUACAAGGCUGCUUCAUUCCACUCUAGUUUCACACGAAGUGGAUGGAGAGAAUGUGUUUUCCAAACUGGGAUCCUGUACUUUGUCCCGGUGUUCAUAACAGGUCUUGCCAUAAUUACAUUAAAGGCAAUCACAACAGGGGUGUCACUUCUGCACGACUGGUAUAAUUAUCUUUGGAAAAUCAUUUUGUUACCCUUUGCUUUUGGAAUCCUAACUUUGGGUGGCAGAUUGGGGCAGUCUUCCCUAAAAGAAUCCGAAAUAGCUUGUUCCAACAUAAACUUCCAAAGUGAGAUUCAUAAUCAGACUUGGUACAUGAAGACACUUGCUCAUGAAGUGUUCUUUGGGGGCCUUCUGCCUUUCUGCGUUAUCUACAUUUUGAUGGAUGAAAUCUAUGCAAGCUUGUACAAUUUGAAAGACUGUGGUGCAAUUAGUACUAUCUUUGGGGCCUUCCUUAUUGUCAUCAUACAAAUUAUGACAGUGGAUGUGGCAUGUGAACGCUAUCACCUGUCUAGGCAAGAUCGCCAAUGGUGGUGGAGAUCUGUGUUUCGUGGGGGAUCAGUCGCCAUUUUCAUGUUUGCGCAUGGCCCCUAUUUCUAUGCUAGAGCAAACACCAGAAUUUCAAUGAACCUGCUAGAGUUCCUGGGCUACAAUGCUUGCAUAUUCUACGCUGUCUUCUUGAUACUUGGAACCAUUGGCUUCUAUCAUUCAUCAACUAUUUCCAAUCAUUGA